AUGUCAUUGUUCAAUCAAGUGAAACAUAGUGUAGUGAAGGCACUACAAUUCAGUACCGAUGGCUAUAUAUUUGAGAUUCCGGAAUGUGCCGAAUUGACGAAAACGGAUAAAAUUUCUAUCAAAGUAGCGAAUGAUACUCAAAUGAUUAAAGCAAAAGUGGAUUAUAUUGAACAUCACAUUGCAAAUUUUAAUAUUCGCUUUUUGAUACGAGACGAAAGGAGGAAUAAGAAAACAAUUAUGUCUGCUAACAUGAUUUCUGGUUAUGGUUUUGAAGUAAAGAAUGCAACAGGUAGACGAAUAAUGGAUAUUAAAAUAUCAAAUAAUACAGCUUCAUCAUCAAUUGGAAAAAUUAUCCAUCCUCUCAGUAUUACAAUUUAUAAGGUAUUGUAUGAUAACAUGGAGACAAAUAAUCAUCGUUUUCAAGUGCAUCAUUUAUCAUCAGAUCAAUCGGUAAUUAAUGUCGAAAAGAUUUCUUUGUCGAUAUAUCCAAUACUUAAAAUGAUUGGAAUACUUGAAACUGAAUGCAUAUAUCAGUUCAAACGUGUGGAUGGUGUUGAACUAGCACGUGUUUAUCCUAAAACUGUUUUAAACGGCAGGACGCUUAUUUUAAAAUAUAAAAUGAUGCAACUUAGCGCACAAAUGCGUGCAGUAAUUUUGGGUACAUCAUUAAUGCUUGUCUUGCAUGAAGUAUAUCCGGAUAUUGGAAUGUAUUAG